UUCAUUUUAUUCAUUCGUCGGAAAAGGUUGUUAAUUCGGUAAAACGCUGCGGUUGGAUGCAGGUCUUUCUGCAUUUGAAGUGUGUAUGUGUUGUGAGUGUGUUGGUUUCUCCAGGAAAAAGCUAAAAAAAAUAACAUAAAUUUCUAUAAGAUUUUGGAAAAAGUGAUUAAUUUAUGAAAUUGAUUAAUUGAAAAGAAAAUAAAACAAGAAAGAGAAUUUCAACAUUAAAAUAAAAUAGUGGAUACUAGAGGAAUACAAAUAAAUGUUCUUUUUUAAUGGAUACAUUGAUCGUUUUGAGAACCUCACAUUGCCAAAUGAUUUCAAUAGAAGGAAAAAUUAAGCUUUAAUUAUAUGAUAGUGUGCAUGCAGCAGCAUCAUUCAUCAACAAAUAAAAAUUAAAAAAAAACACAUUCCUUCAACAAACUAACAAAAUAAAGACGAAUACAAUAGUUUCACAAUAAAAUUUACAAAAAUGACAUUGAAAACGUUAGAUGUUUAUUACACAAGAUUAAGUCAAACAAAGUCAUUAUGGAAGACGAUGAUGAGCUUUUGUUUAUUACUGCUGGUGGUUUGCAGUUUGUGCAAAACAAGUAGUGCAUUUGAAAUGAAUACCAAAUUAAACUUAAAGCCUACAAAAUACACGGAAUAUUCAAAAAAUGUAACGUAUAAAAGUACCACGGAAUACAAUGCCCGUGGAAUGAAACCCCUGUAUGAUAUCACCCAAAAAGUAAUGUGGCUUUUGAUUGGCGGGGAAACUCCAAUACCAGAUGGCUAUUUACAGUUUAAAGACUCAAAAAUUCAGUUGGGUCCAAAAGUUGAGCGCAAUGAAUGGGGAGACCUAAUAUUGCAUUAUUGGCCCAUUUUAUUGAUAGUUUUGCUGAUUGGAGUUUUAGUUGCAUCCAUGCCCAUUAUAGGCUUAUGCUUCUGCUGUUGCCGUUGUGCUGGUGCGUGUGGUGGUCGUUCGGAGCCAUUUGAUAAAAAACAUGAUACGUGUCGCCGUGUAUUUCUUGGUUUCUUUUUAAUACUGCUAGCAACGGGAAUAUUGUUUGGUGUUAUUGUCGCAUUUGCCACCAAUAGUUAUAUGCAAUAUGGUAUCGAUGACAGCACUGCCGUAGUUCGUGCGGGUAGCAAUGAUACUCAAACAUUCUUGGAUGUAACUUCCGAACAGUUGGAAUAUGUGUUAGUAAAUAAUUACAAACAAUUAUCAGAUCACUUGGAACUUAUAUUAAGAGAAACGUCCGACUUUAUUAUUACUCAGUUAGAACAGAAAUCGAUGGCUGUUUCGGUGGGCUAUCUCACUGAUUUCCUCAAAAAGCUGCCAGACUUGCAGCUAAAAUUGCAGAAAAUGAAAUUGAUAACGAAUGAUCUUCGAGUGUAUGCUUCUCAAUUAAGUGAUGGUUUACGUGGCGUAAAGAGAGAUCUCUUGGUUAUGCUUAACAAAUGUUCAGACCAGUCGUGCAAAGAGGUUCUAAAUAGAUAUGAAAUUGGUAAACUGGAUGCAAAUGGAAUACACUACGAUCAGCUGCCUGAUGUGACUUCUAUAAUUGAAAACUUAGAACAAUUGAUUAGCGAUGACAUAGCCUCGGCUGGAGAACGUGGCAAUAAGGCUUUAAAGGCCAUGCGUAAACAUUUAAAUGAUACAAUCGCCAUAUAUACACCUCAAAUUGUAGAUGCCAUUACCAAAGCCGGUGAAGGAUUGCUUAAAGCUUCAACUGAUAUAAAAACUGAAUUGCAAAAGGUUUCAAAACUCAUUGGAGCAAAUACCUAUAAAUAUACCAAUAUAGCCGAUAAUUAUCGUAACGAAUAUGGCCCAUACAGAUUCUACAUGGGAAUCGGUGUAUGCUCAAUUUUAUUAUUAGUUUUAAUAUGCUUAGUUGCUGCGUUAUUGUGCGGCAUUUGCGGCAAACGUCCAGAUGGUUAUGGUGAUGAUUGCUGUAAUAAAGGUUCUGGUUCCAGAUUCCUUAUGUUUGCUGUUGCAAUUAUCUUCUUGACGAUUUCGGCCAUAACAUUAAUUGCUUUGAUACAUUUCCUAAUUGGUAUUAUUACAUACAGAGGCUUUUGUGUGCCACUAAGGGAUCCCCAAAAUGAUGCCGUUUUUGCUGAAUUCGAUAAUUUAGUGGAUUUAAAUGAGAUUAUGUAUCCCUCCAAAAUCAAGGGUAAAGCUGCCUCUGGAUCAUUGCCUCCCUUCAGAAUUUCUCAUGUUAUCACCGCCUGUCAAAGCAAUCAAACAAUAUACGAAGUUUUGCACAUUAAUAAUCUGGUCGAUAUAAAUGAAAUCAAUGAAUAUCCAUCGCACUAUAAAAUCAAUCAAACUCUUGAGAAUCUUGUUCAAGGUAUUGAUUUUGAUGAUAGAGGAGUGGAAAUACUAUCUGCCGCCGACAAACAACGCAUUUUGAGUUUAAGAGACUCUGCCUUAAAAGAUUUUGAUUCAAGUCAUUUUAUAGACAAUUUAAAUGAUGAUAUUACCAAACAUUCUCUCACCGAAAUAGCCAUUCAAUUGCGCGAAACUGCCAACAAGAUCAUAAGUCCAGAGAUGAAAGACGUACAAAUAUCUUUACGCAAUCAGGCUUUGCAUUUAGAGACCUAUGAUCAAAAUCUUGUUAUACCUAUGAAAAAUCAAUCAUCUGAAUUAAUUAAAUUGGCUCAAGAUUUAGACAAAACUCUCAGUUAUAAAGACCGUCCAUUCCAAGAUUCAAUACCAUUGCUGGUGCAGGAAAUUGAAAAGGCCCAAGCUUUUAUACAGAAAGAUGGGCGCGCAUUUGUUAAAGCAACUGCCGAAAGUUUUACCAAUCACUUUGCCGGCGAAAUAAUUCGCUAUUUGCAAAUGGUGGUAACAUCUGUAGAGAAAAAGAUUGGUAUAUGCGCACCCAUGGCUAGAGUUUACGAGGCUGGAGUUGUGGCCACCUGUAAUAGCAUUGUUGAUCCAUUAAAUGGUUUCUGGGCUGGUGUGUUCUGGUGUGUGCUACUUUUCCUACCAACUUUAAUAGUUGCUGUCAAGCUGUCUAGUCUAUAUCAAAAAUCGGAUCCCUAUCCUGGUCCUUUGGUUGAAUCGGAGUAUUUGUAUGAUGCUUACAGUGAGCGUGAUCACAUUCCAUUGGCAAAUGGUCCAAAAAAUAAACGACGCAAGAAUAAAGAUCGCCGUCGUCGGGAAUAUUAUGAGGAUCCUGUAGGAUCAACCUCACACGGCAUCCCACCGGCUGCAGCUGGUGCACGUGAUACGCGUUACAGUGACAUGGCACCCAAAAAUAUGGUUGAGGCUACUGAUACAAGGCCAAAAGCAUUGUCGGCAGAUGGUUUCUUUUAGGCAUUGGGAUGGCGGUCCACCCAGAUAUCAGAACCCACCAAUGGCUCCACCAGCAUCUGAAUAUGAACGCCCACCUCCAUAUUAUUAUCCUGGCGCUUCGGAUCAGGACUAAGUGAUCUAUAUUGAAAUUCAGUUUUAAGCUGAUGUAUUCUCAUUAAACAACAUAGAUGGAGUACCAAAAUUAAACAAUGAGGGGAGAAACGAUCGUAAGCAAAAUAAUACAACGGAACAGAAGUAAAAUUCGAAAAGAGCCAUCAUAGUUUUAUACAUACUACAUAUAUUUAUUGUUAAAGAAAUGUACUUUCUCAUUUAACUUAGUCUUUCUUUUUGUCAAACUCUAAUUUACCAAAUGUAACUUAUAGCAAGCAGUAUUGCCAAAAUGUGUUUAUAAGAGGAAAAACAAAAAAAUAUAACAGAGUAGAGUCAUUUACAUUACAAUUAAAGGAAAAAAAAGCAAAAGAAAACAAAAAUUAUAACUGAAAGUCGAAUUAAAGACAUUGUUGACAGACAACAAUGAUGAUGAUGAUUAUGAAGAUGAUGAGUUUACAGUAGAGGUUGUUUAUCGUGAAGGCAACAGCUUUAAAAUUGACAUUUCAAUUCUUAAAUUUAGUACCAACUACUUUUAGAUAGACCCAAAAUGUUUUCAUAUAUGUAUACAUAUUAUAUACCUACCCAAUAUAUCUCCAAGGUUUUGACUUAGUUUAGACGUGUUGAAUCGUAUGACAACCAACGUCCAAAGACAACAAAACGACCGUUUAAUUAUGUUGAUGGAGGGAGACGUGGAAUUAUUUUUAUUAUAUAUUUUAUUAAUCAGUGAGACUGUAAUUUUUUAUGAGUUAGAUUAUUUUUAUAAAUAAUUAUAAUUAUUACUAUUAUUAUUAUGAUUAUUAUUAUUAUUAUUAUUAAUUUGUAAACAAACAUCAACAAUGCUGAUGAUUAAUAUAAUGAAUUUUUAUGAUAAAUAAUAUGCAUUUAAUUAUAUAAUGAAAUUGUUAAACGAUUCAAAUUAAUACAUGAAAAUUUGAAUUUUUUUUACAAAAAAUCAAAUCCAGUUUUAAUAUAUUAAUAAUGAUACAAUAAUGUAUUCUUUUUUUAUUUUUUAAUAGCCAUAGUUGUAUUUAAUAUUAGAUAUAAAUACAUGUAAAUUUAAGGCAUUCCAAAGGAAUGUAUGCAGUUAAUCGCAACAUAAUAGAAAUAAAGAAAUAUUAUUAAAUAAAAUCGAAAAGCUAUAAUGAAAAACAAAAAACAAAAAAAAACUUAAUGGAAAACAAAAAAAAAUUAUUUUAGAAUGUCCCCUUUGCUAAUAAAGAAUAUUUUUAUUUUGCAAAA